AUGUCUAUGGCGCCCACCAAGGUGGCUGAUGGCUGGAGCGUGAAUGCUGACAGAGGCAUUGCAAAACCGGGCAACGUGUGGACACUGGGGUUCAGCACCUGGGGGGACAGCUUUGAGGGGAAGCAUCAGCGCUACAACCUCAUUACCAGGUUGUCAGGGGAGACGGAGGCGGCAGUGGGGUCGGCCGGUCAGGAGAGAAGUCUGAUCCCGAAAUGGAAGGGAAGCGUGUCCAGACGGAGGAGGAAGACGGUGCCCCACGGCUUGACUGAUGCAGGGGAGACAGAGGACGCGGUGGUGGUCCCUUGGGGGCAUGCUGAAGAAGCUACAGCGCAGCAUAACAAGGCGGGGUCUUGCCCAGGUCUCCACCAGCAGCACGGGGUGCCCGUGCACUCCGGCUUCCCCGCAUGCCGAUGA